GAAUCGAGAGGACCUGGCACGCCAUUGCUUGAAUCCAGAGGACCUGGUACACCAUUACUUGAAUCCAGAGGACCUGGUACUCCAUUACUUGAAUCCAGAGGACCUGGUACCCCAUUACUUGAAUCUAGAGGACCCGGCACACCAUUGCUUGAAUCUAGAGGACCUGGUACACCAUUGCUUGAAUCCAGAGGACCUGGUACACCAUUGCUUGAAUCCAGAGGACCUGGUACCCCAUUACUUGAAUCAAGAGGACCUGGUACCCCAUUACUUGAAUCAAGAGGACCUGGCACACCAUUGCUUGAAUCAAGAGGACCUGGUACCCCAUUGCUCCAAUCA